CAGAUCACAGGACAGACAUUCCCGGGGACAACUUUGCGAGGCCAUGUGCUCGUCCCCCUUAGGAAGGAAGAGGGAGAAAUCCCUGCGGCUCGGUUUUGUUCCAAUGGUCUGCUCAGCGAGUGAUUCCCGUUUCCCCAAAGGCUGCCCCUCAUUAGCAUGAACGGGGGUGGGGGUGUGGAGAAGGGGUUGGGGGAGAGAAAGCAAGCGAAAGCCCAGGCUCACUUUUAGAGCCUGGGAACCCUGUCUGCAAAAAUGACAGCUAGAGCUUUCUGGCUCCUCUGUUUGAUCGUCGGAUCAUCCCCCGAAGCACCGGUGGCGGAGAGAAAAACCUCGCCGCCGCACAGCAGAAAGCCGGACUCCCGCGGCUGCCCGAACACGGAGGAGACACCGGGGCCCCGCGCGCAGCCGCUCCUUGAGGCCCCGCAGCGGCCGCGCGCGGCCGAGGCCGCCCCCGCCUGGCCUGACCCGCGGCGCCGGAAGCCCCCGCCGCCGGCCGACAACCAGGCCAGCUUCCGGGAGGCCGCCCGCGCGCCCGCUGGCCCACCGGGCCCGCGCCUGGCGCAAGCCGAGAACCGCGCGUCGCCGCGCCGCGGGCCCGCGUCGGAGGACGCCCCGCGACGCGCGCGCUCACGGGCCCUGCGCUUCCCCGCCGCCCGGCCGCCCGCGCGCGCCACCGAGGGCUCCGCCGGCCACGCCCACCCCAACCGGCCGCGCGCCGCCGCGCUGGCCCCGGGCCCCGCGCCCGCACCCGCACCCGCGCCCGCGCCCGCGCCCGCGCCGCCACUGCGCUUCAGCCUCAGCUUCGGCCUCAGCCUGCCGCAGAGGGACGCGGAGCCCGGCGCUGAGCCCUGCGCGCGCGCCUGCCGGUCCUACCUGGACGAACGCGAGGCGUUCUGCGAGAGCGAAUUCGCGGUGAACGGGAUCGUGCACGAUGUGGACGUGCUGGGCGCGGGCAUCCGGCUGGUGACCCUGCUGGUGGAUCGGGACGGGCUGUACAAGAUGAACCGCCUGUACCUCACCCCCGACGGCUUCUUCUUCCGAGUCCACAUGUUAGCCCUGGACUCCUCCAGCUGCAAUAAGCCGUGUCCAGAGUUUAAACCUGGUAUUGAAACUGACCUGAAUGACGCUGCAUAUGUACCUUAUACCAUCGUUUGUAACGUGGGUGCCACAGCCCGGGCUGCAGCAGGUAUAUUGUGAUGGGCCACAUCUACCAUAAGAGACGGCAGCUCCCUACAGCUCUGCUCCAGGUCCUGAGAGGCCGCCUCCGUCCAGGGGAUGGACUGCUAAGGAGCAGCAGCUAUGUGAAAAGGUUUAACCGAAAAAGGGAAGGGCAAAUUCAAGGUGCAAUUCAUACCCAAUGCAUUUGAAACAACCAUCCUGGCAUUUCUGGACCACAAGAGACAUCGGCAACAAGACAUGAGAGGUCUAUCUUCAUGUAAUGGGUCCUCCUUUAGAAGAGAGCCCACAGCUACUCUCUGAAUGACUUGCAUAGUUGCAAUUGUAAUCUCGAAGGUGUCACUUUGUUAUUUACAAGAUGCUUCUUAAAUGGGCUGCUCCUGAGCUCAGUGUCAAGGUGAUUCAACUGUAGUGCCAGACAAUGAUUUACACAGCUCAGAUAAUUGACCUAUCCAGUUAACAGAUCACUGCUUCAUAAGUUUUUAAAUUAUUUUAAUUUAAUAUUCUUUAGUAGAAAUAGUCCAUACAAACAUUUUCUUGAAUUUAAAUAUACAACUUUUAUAUCAUGUAUCAAACCAGAUUUUUUAUUCAAACUAUCACAUUUUAAAUUCUGUACAUAACAGUAAGCGCACUAGUCAAAAGACAUUUAUGUUUGAAAUGUCAUUUAGAUCAAACACAAGGGUCAAAGCCCAGGACAAGUAUUAAAGUUUUACACUUAAAGAGUACUAAAGGGCCACUGUGCAGAUGGAUGGAUUAAAAAAAUAAAAUAAAAAAUAGUACUAAAGGCAAAAAUGUUCCUGAUGUACCAAAAAGCAAGAUAUAGUUUAUUUUCAUGCUUCCCUGCACCUAAUAAUGUAUGAUUUGUGCUGAACUGGCAGCUAUCCCAAUGUGAAAUGUGUUCUGGAUGUAUCUGAUGUCACUUUUCUAUUAAGACCAAGUAUAAUGUUUGUUUGUAAAGCAAUAAAUCUUGCCUUGAAAUCA